AGAAGCUCCAAUUAGAAAAUUGAAUCUCCAUGUUCAACUGUGUGGAUAUGUCAAAUGAUUUACUUAUUGGUAAUUGAAUAUGAUUUAGUGUAUUAUAUCAUCAUGUAUUUGUAUCUAAUUUGAAAUGUUUUGAAUCCAACCUGAUGCCAUGACCUCUUCAGUUUUAAUGUAACAAUUAUACAACAAUUUUGGCACUACUACCUGAUCUGCCCUCAUGCUACUUAUACUCUUUUGGAAUAUUAAUGGGAAAAAACUAUAUCUCUCAUUCUGGGAUAUGUAUAACAUGUUUAUGUGCUGUGAAUAUACGCUAAAGACGAUUGUGAAAGAGAUUAUUUGCCACUAUCUGACCUUUUUGUUUUUGUUUUUAUGACAAAUUAUUACUGAUUGUGAGGUCGACUGUCUCAGGUCACGUUCCAGCAGAGAAAAUACCUCUAAUAGAAAAUUAAAGGACAGAUUGUCAAAUAAGGAUUUGUACAUACAGUAUCUCUGAUCUGUUCACCACAUUAACUAAAAGUACAAUUGAAGCUUUGCAGAGAAAUAGUCAUAGCUUUAACUUUGUUACCCUGUUAGAGGUUAUUGCCUAAUUGAGAAAGAGGGACUAUUGUAACAUUUACCACAAUGGCUUAAGAGAAGAACAUGUUUAAGGAGAGACAGAGGAACAAGGUAUAGAACAUGUUGAGAUGUUGAGAUGUUAUCACACAUCCAUUACACAACAAACGGUGUCAAAAUCACUCUGAAACAGGAAGAUGCUUUUGUGAGAAUAAUGUGCCAUUAUAGGUAGUUUGGGAAACAACCUUUUAGGUCACAAAAGUCCACCCCAUAAACGACAUUAUAAAAUCCAAAAUCCAAUAAAAUCCAAAAUCCAUGGUUAUAGGCAUUCUAUGGAAUGCCUAUAACCAUGGCAUCUAAAGGUACUCAAACAUUUACAUAAAUUAAGCUUGUUUAUUGAACAUUCUGACAUUUGUAUUACACUGAUAAGUUAGCCUAUAGAUGGAAAAUAUAUCAUAACCCUGCUUUCCUUUAAUGGAAAAUAGGAAAUUGGCAUUCUCAUUUGUGUUCAAAUGUAAUAACUUUUUUUCUGUCCAUCUUGCUCUAGGUCUCUCGUUCUCCCACACUCUCUGUCUGUCACUCUCCCUCUCUGUCACUUUCUCUUUCUCUCAAGGCAGCAUUGCACAUUUAGGAGCCGAAGGCAAUUAGCGCCCUGCAAUAAUAAUUAGGCAAAAUACUGCAAAGGAGGAAGAGCGAAGUGGAGGCCUUUAUGCAGACAGCUGAUAAGCAGUAAAUAGAAGAAGAUUUCAGUGGCCUCGCAUCAUGCAUCCACUACAUAGGGUUUGUAUCACCAUGGCAUCAGCCUGGAUUACAAUGUUUGCCACGCUGCUGCUGGCAUUUGUGAAUGGAGCGAAAGAUGAGGUUCACACAUCUCCAUCUGUGCGGGUACACACUUCCACCCCUGUGGUGGCCUUGGGGUCACCGGUGACUGCCUCUUGCGUCAUCAGAGAUGACUGCCCCCUCAUAAAGGGAGAAGCCGUUCACAUUGUCUGGCACCUCAACCAACUCCGUAUUCCCAGCAGUUCUACAGCAGCCAAUGAGAGUGGUAGAAACACUGCAGCGGCCAAUGAAAAUGGUCGGAUCUCCACAGUUUUAUAUUCUGUGGCCAAUCAGUGGCUGGAACUCAAGUGUUUAUACCUAGCUUCAUGGACACCAGUGAAUAUCUCACGUGCUGUGUCCUCCACACCUUCCCGUGCCAGAUCGUAGGAGCAGUGGAGAUAAAAGCUGGAUUUCCACCCCCAGCACCAUAAAACCUUAGCUGUCUGACUAACCUUACAAAACUGGAAACCCUCUCAUGCCAAUGGGAACCAGGACAGGACACCCACCUGCCCACACAGUACACUCUUUACACUGAGAUCAGCCAAGUUUGACCGUCCAAAAGUUCUGAAGGUCCAAGCAGAGCCAAACAGAUAUGGCUGCCUAAGGCUCAGCUGGGGUCUCUCUAAACAGCAAGCGUGGGUGACCAUUGUGACCUUGGAGGUGUGACUGAAAACAGCAAACAGCAAGCAGUGGAGUGAAGAACCAGUAAGGGAAUGUCCAUUUCCUAAGUGUCCACAUACUGCAACCGUUUGAACAAACAUUAUUUGGAUUAAACAACAUGAACAAUAAAUGAUCAUACCAACUGUACUAGGUAACCAUAAAAAUGAUUACAUUACUGUGUGUGUGUGUGUGUGUGUGUAUGUUUGAGUGUGUAUGUAUGUUUGUGUGCAUAUGUGUUAGGUCCCAGUGCCUCGCUUAAUGCGCCAGAGACCCAUGGAGGUGUGUCGUCUGCUCCACGGGACAGAGUACCACAUCCAGAUAUGGGUCGGGUAUCACCAGAGUCCAUGGAGCGAAUGGAGUAACAGCAAUACUGCAGUCACGCUUGAGAGGGCUCCCACCAGACCACUCAAAUCUUGGAUGAAGGUAUCUAGGGAGCAGAGACAAAAGCAUCACGGUGUAUACUUGUUUUGGAAGCCAUUUUCCAGCUUGCCAGGGGGGCAAUGGAAGUGUUCCUUAGUGCUGGGAACACUGCAGGGACAUCCAGCCCCUCCUGAGGUGGAGGUGUUUCAACACAGAGUUCUGGCAGCAGUCUCUGACGUCAAUGUCCUUCCUCAUCAUGAGAGAUCACUACUGGUCCAGUGGACAAGCAUACAUUCAUCCAGUGUCACAGGCUAUGUGGUGGAGUGGAGGCCAUUGUGGAAAAUGGACCCUUCCCUCAUCUUGUUUGACCACAUGGACAGGAAUCAAUCCAGCACUCUAAUAUCAGAGAGCAUCGAGCCAUACAAUCCCUAUGGGAUCUCUGUAUAUCCUCAGUAUAAGGACGGAAUUGGCCUUCCUCAAACCGUCGAGGCGUACUCUAGACAAAAGGCCCCAUCUGCCGCCCCAAAUCUGAGGGUGCGGGAGACGUUGGAUUCUCGUAUUGAGCUUACCUGGGAGGAAACUCCGCUAUGCCAGAGGAAUGGGAUCGUGCAGAGCUACCAGGUCUUCUACUGGGAUGAGCAGGGAAACACCAAAGUUGUGACUGUUGAGCUGGGAAAGAAGAGGGUGGUUCUAAGAGAGCUCAACCCUUCCUCCUCAUACAAAGCCUUUAUUAUGGUUGGCACAGGUGGCAAGAGUCUGAAUGGAUCAGAGGUUACCCUCAAAGCUGAACCAAUGGAUGCCUUUGCUAUCAUCUUGAUAGUUAUUUCCUCUGGUGGUGAGCUGUCAUUGCCCAUCAUUAUCUCAGUUCUGGCCUGCUUCUCAACACAUGAACGAUCUUCCAGUCUGGACGACCAGACAACGGGUCCGGAACGGAGAUCCAAUCCGGACAUCCACUGCCCAGCCAUGGAGUGGACUUCUUCAUUUGCAGACAUCCUACCCGGGUCGACCACCAGAGGGGGGACUGCAACGGCAAUCCCAAUCUGGACAUUCGCUGCCGAGCCAUAGAGCGGACUUCUUCAUUUGCAGACACCCUACCCGGGUCGACCACACCAGAGGGAGGACUGCAACAGCGAUCACCAACUGGACAUCUGCUGUCCAGCCAUGGAGCGGACUUAAUUCGCAGAAACCCUACCCGGGUCGACCACCAGAUGGGGGGCGCCAGGGUAGCCUAGUGGCUAGAGCAUUGGAUUGGCAACCAAAAGGUUGCAAGUUCAAAUCCCCGAGCUGACAAGUUACAAAUCUGUCAUUCUGCCCCUGAACAGGCAGUUAACCCACUGUUCCUAGGCCAUCAUUGAAAAUAAGAAUUUGUUCUUAACUGACUUGCCUAGUAAAAUAAAGGUAAAAAUUAAAUGGGGACGACGACAAUGGUCCACAACCCACAGUCAUUUUUAUGUUGGUUUGCAACAUGCAGGUAAAUCGCAAGAUUGAACCCAACAUGGGGGGACUCAUGACGUUGGCCUGGGGGUAGGUUUAUGACAGUCAUAAAUACAUCUUCCCCCCUUUUUCCUCUCUCUAUCAAAUCAAAUGUAUUUAUAUAGCCCUUCGUACAUCAGCUGAUAUCUCAAAGUGCUGUACAGAAAACCAGCCUAAAACCCCAAACAGCAAGCAAUGCAGGUGUAGAAGCACAGUGGCUAGGAAAAACUCCCUAGAAAGGCCAAAACCUAGGAAGAAACCUAGAGAGGAACCAGGCUAUGUGGGGUGGCCAGUCCUCUUCUGGCUGUGCCGGGUGGAGUUUAUAACAGAACAUGGCCAAGAUGUUCAAAUGUUCAUAAAUGACCAGCAUGGUCCAAUAAUAAUAAGCAGAACAGUUGAAACUGGAGCAGCAACACGGCCGGGUGGGCUGGGGACAGCAAGGAGUCAUCAUGCCAGGUAGUCCUGAGGCAUGGUCCAAGGGCUCAGGUCCUCCGAGAGAGAGAGAGAAAGAGAGAAAGAGAGAAUUAGAGAGAGCACACUUAAAUUCACACAGGACACCGAGUAGGACAGGAGAAGUACUCCAGAUAUAACAAACUGACCCUAGCCCCCCGAUAAACUACUGCAGCAUAUCCUACUGAUGUUACAUUUGCAAACCCCUUGGUUAACAUAGAGAUUCUGGGAACAUCAGAAGGUGGGGGGAAAAUAUUUAUAUAUAUUCUGGUAAUCCGACCAAUUGAACAUAUGCGGUGGUACUUAAUGAAUAUCAUGUCAGUUCGGUUGUCAUCUGAGACAUUCUCAUCAAUGAUAAAAUGAAACAAACUCGACAGUGAAAAGUCUACACAUCGGAGUUGUCGGAUUCACAUGGAAUUGUUGUUCAAUUUAAAUGUUUGAAUAUUAAAUUAUUUGUGAUGGGAUGAAAUGGGAUUUUAGCUUCUAAAAUGUGAGAUUUGGGUUUUCAUAAGGUUAGGGCUCUGCUCAGUCAGUGGCCCGCACCUGUGAAGGGACAUGGGCUAUAAAACCUUUCAAACAAGCCCUCCUCUCCCUUCCUAUAUAAAGCCUUGACAACAAUAUAACCUCCAGUUCCGAGGAUGUGAGGACGACGGUCCAAUGUCAGAAUGGUUCAGAUAAUAAUUACAGAAUGAAGCCAACAUCAGCAUGAGCUUUGGUUGCGAAUGGUAUGAACUUUGGACUCUUAUUCACUACAGAAGUGAUAUCCAAUUUGUAAGUCGCUCUGGAUAAGAGCGUCUGCUAAAUGACUUAAAUGUAAUGUAAAUGUAUACCUCCUAGCCGUUGAGUUAGCAACAGCUGAAAACGAUGGUUAGGAAGGAACAGACAGAGUAUCUCGUCUAUCACACAACGACGUUACUACAGCGUAUCCAAUUGACCACCAGAGGCAUUCUUCAAAGGACUCGGUUUGGCAACAUGCCUUCCAUCUACCACCACCUACUGAAGCAUAGCUCAGAGUAAAUAUUUUUGGGGAGGAUGGCCUGGUGUCAAGAAGGGAGGCAAAGAAGCCACUUCUCUCCAGGAAAAACAUCAGGGACAGACUGAUAUUCUGCAAAAGGUACAGGGAUUGAUAUGCCGAGGACUGGGGUAAAAUAAUUUUCUCUGAUGAACCCCCUUUCCGAUUGUUUGGGGCAUCUGGGAAAAAGCUUGUCCAGAGAAGACUAGGUGAGUGCUACCAUCAGUCCUGUGUCAUGCCAACAGUAAAGCAUCCUGAGACCAUUCAUGUGUGGGGUUGCUUCUCGGCCAAGGGAGUGGGCUCACUCACAGUUUUGCCUAAGAACACAGCCAUGAAUAAAGAAUGGUACCAACACAUCCUCUGAGAGCAACUUCUCCCAACCAUCCAGGAACAGUUUGGCGAUGAACAAUGCCUUUUCCAGCAUGAUGGAGCACCUUUCCAUAAGGCAAAAGGGAUAAAUAAAGUGGCUCGGGGAACAAAACAUCAAUAUUUUGGGUCCAUGGCCAGGAAACUCCCCAGACCUUAAUCCCAUUGAGAACUUGUGGUCAAUCCUCAAGAGGAGGGUGGACAAACAAAACCCCACAAAUUCUGACAAACUCCAAGCAUUGAUUAUGCAAGAAUGGGCUGCCAUCAUGUGGCCCAGAAGUUAAUUGGCAGCAUGCCAGGGUGGAUUGCAGAGGUCUUGAAAAAGAAGAGUCAAUUGACUCUUUGCAUCAACUUCAUGUAAUUGUCAAUAAAAGCCUUUUACACUUAUGAAAGGCUUGUAAUUAUACAUCAGUAUUCCAUAGUAACAUCUGACAGAAAUAUCUAAAGACAUUGAAGUCGCAAACUUUGUGGAAAUUAAUAUUUGUGUCAUUCUCAAAACUUUUGGCCACAACUGUACACUGGAAGCUAUGAGUACAAUAGGGUUAAUCCAAGUGUUCUGACCUCACAUAGGUCAAGCUAACUGGCUAAAGUUUGCUACCUCGCUAGCUACUUCGAUGCACAAACGAGAGAACACCUCACUCUGACCAUUUUACUCCCCCUAGCAGAGCUGGUUGGUCUAUUUUCAUGUUAUGUAGAGUGUUGGUGACUAACUAUGCUGCUGGCAACAAAUUAAUUGUGGGUUUUUUUUACUACGUUUACUCAUAACGGUCAUAUUCAACGGGUGUUAUGCGUUCGUAAAUUCAUCAGUUAUUCUGCACUCUGGCAAACUCAGAUGAGUGCUCUGAAAUCGGAGUAGAUAACCAGAGUGAAUUUACAAACGGCACCCUAAGAGUGUAAAGUUUUCAACACAUUAUUUCCUCUACCUGACACCUUAGACCCACUCCAA